CUGCAGAGCUACUUUGCUGCCUGUGAAGACGAGACGCCAGCCAUCAGAAACCAUGACAAGGUCCUGCAGCGGCUCUGCGAACAUCUGGACCAUGCUCUGCUCUAUGGCCUGCAAGAUCUUUCCUCGGGCUACUGGGUGCUGGUCGUUCACUUCACCCGCCGAGAAGCCGUCAAACAGAUCGAAGUGCUUCAACACGUGGCCACCAACUUGGGACGCAGCCGGGCAUGGCUGUACCUAGCCCUCAACGAAAACUCCUUGGAGAGUUAUUUGAGGCUGUUCCAGGAGAACCUAAGCCUGCUGCACAAGUACUAUGUCAAGAACGCCUUGGUUUGCAGUCACGAUCAUCUCACCUUGUUCUUAACGCUGGUGUCCGGGCUGGAGUUCAUCCGCUUUGACUUGGAUCUGGACGCUCCUUACCUGGAUCUGGCCCCAUACAUGCCAGAUUACUACAAACCUCAGUACCUGCUAGACUUUGAGGCCCGCCUGCCCAGCUCCGUGCACGGCUCGGACAGCCUGUCCCUCAACUCCUUCAACUCGGUCACCUCCACCAACCUGGAAUGGGACGACAGCGCCAUCGCUCCAUCCAGCGAAGAUUAUGAUUUUGGAGAUGUCUUUCCAGCAAUGCAGACCAUGCCCAGCAGAGACUGGGAAGACGGAGAUCUCACAGACACGCUCAGCUGCCCGCGCUCCACCGCCUCGGAGGCCAACGGCAGCAAGGCCUCCGUGAAGAGCCCGACGCAGCGCUACAACCCCUUCAACGAGGAGAAAGCUGACGCGCCGUCCUCCACCGAGACCACGCCGGUGCACACAGCUUCUCAGGAGAAGGCAGAAGCCACGCCUGAAGGAACGGACCAGUCCGAGAGCUGCACGGAGCUGGAGGUCAUCAGGUUAGCCAAGAAGAAGAAAACGGGCAAGAAGAAGAAAGCGAAGCCAGAAGAGCCGGUGAACACCCCUGCGCCCGUAGUGCCCGAGACCCAGCAGGCCAGCGGAGACAGCGGCGUGAACGGGCUGAGCGACAGGGAAGAGCCACAGAAAGACGAUGGUCCCGCUGUGCCGGCUGGUGAGCCAAGCCCGGGCGGGCAGCAGGAGGGUCGCGAGCGCUCUGCCCUCAGCCAGCUGGCUUUACGCAUCCCCGAGAUGAAGGACACUUCCAUGGAGAGCGUGGGGCAGCCGCUGAGCAAGGUGAUGGACAGACUCAACGGGCAGCUGGACCCCGGCGGCUGGAACGCUCCCCUCGAGCCCCCCGGGCAGUCCUUUCGGACUGGCACGCCAGGGGAGACCCCAGAUGGAUCGUCCUCUGGCGACUUUAGUGAGGGGAUUUCAGCCCCCAUGGACUUCUACCGCUUUACCGUUGAGAGUCCAAACGCUGCUGCACCAGGUGGUGGCCACCAUGACGCUCCAGGGCCUGGCCAACCGCCACAUGUUCCUGGUAGCCCUGAGGCUCCUGAAGAAGAAGAAAGCAGAGAGGGAGAAGCAGUUGGGGCAGUAGAGGAGUCUGGAGGGGCGAGUGAUGAACCCCAAACUCGCCAGACAGAAACCACCAACCCCCAGGCUCUCCACGAGCCGAAGAAGGAGCAGCCCAGCCCUUCCCCGAGCAGUGCCGAGGACUCUGGCGUGGAGGAAGGGCAGGGCAGCCCUUCGGAGCUGACCCAUCCCUCCGAGUUCAGGGUGGAUAACAACCAUCUCCUCCUGUUGAUGAUCCAUGUCUUUCGGGAGAACGAGGAACAGUUGUUCAGGAUGAUCCGAAUGAGCACCGGGCACAUGGAGGGGAACCUGCAGCUGAUCUACGUCCUGCUGACAGAUUGCUACGUGUACCUGAUCCGGAAAGGGGCAGCGGAGAAGCCGUACAUGGUGGAGGAGGCCGUUUCCUAUAAUGAGCUGGACUACAUUUCGGUUGGGCUGGAUCAGCAGACGGUGACUCUGGUGUGCACCAAUCGGAGGAAGCAGUUCCUGCUCGACACCGCGGACGUGGCUCUCACCGAGUUCUUCCUGGUCUCCUUGAAGUCAGCCAUGAUCAAAGGGUGCCGGGAGCCCCCGUACCCCAGUAUCCUCACGGACGCCACCAUGGAGAAACUGGCACUCGCAAAGUUCGUAGCCCAGGAGUCCAAGUGCGAGGCCUGCGACGUGGUUGUGCGUUUCUAUGGCCUCGUUCACUGGGAAGACCCCAUGGACGAGGCGCUGGGACCCUCCAACAAUAGCUACACCUCCACCGAAAACGCGGUCACCAAGGAUGGCAUCCUGCACUACAAGGCAGGGACCUCCUACCUGGGCAAAGAGCAGUGGAAGACCUGCUUCGUGGUGCUCAGCAACGGGAUCUUGUACCAGUACCCGGACCGCACGGACGUCACCCCUCUGCUCUCCAUCAACAUGGGCGGCGAGCAGUGCGGCGGAUGCCGGCGCUCCAACACCACCGACCGGCCCCACUCCUUCCAGGUGAUCCUGACAGACCGGCCCUCCCUGGAGCUGAGUGCCGAGAACGAGGAAGACAUGGCGGACUGGAUGCAGUACUUCUGCCAGGCUGUCUCCAAGGGGGUGAUCCCCCAGGGUGUUGCCCCUACGCCGUGCGUCCCUUGCUGCCUUGUGCUGACGGACGAGAAGGCCUUCACCUGCCACGAGGACUGCCAGACAAGCUUCUUCCGCUCGCUGGGCACCGUGGAGCUGACGGACGUCACCGCCGUCUCCACGGAGGCCGGCAAGGAGUACUGUAUCUUGGAGUUCGCUCAGGACCGCAAGCAGUUCCUGCCCCCCUGGGUCCUCUACUUUAGUUGCACUACAGAACUGGAGAGGUUCCUCUCGGCGCUGAACGCCGCGUGGAGGAACAUCUACCAG